AUGGAUCUCAACACCUGGAAUAUGUUCUGGAGGUUAUGUUUUGGAUUUUUGGCAACUUUAAUCGUUGCUGGAAAUAUUCUAAACAUCUGGAUGUUUUCUAAGCUGAGACGCCGAAAGCGUUCCUCAUUUCUUCUGAUCGGUUUGGGCGUGGCUGAUUUACUGGUGGGAGGACUGGCCAUUCCUCUUUUCAUAGCGGGAUUUGAAUCAGCUUCAAUAACAACAUGGCGUGUUUUCAACAUUGUUGACAUGUUUACAAGUACAUCGUCCAUUUAUACACUUGCAGUCAUUUCCUUGGAAAGAAUGUUCGCCAUCGGUUGGCCUCUUCGUCAUAGAUCUGCAAACUUUCGUAUUUAUAUCUGUGCCAUUUCCAUACCGUGGAUCAUAGCAGCAAUAUUCACUGUUCUCACUGAUGUAUACGUAUACAUCAUUAAAAGAGACAGUGUAAUCUACCUUCUAGUUUUUUUUCCUGCAACGCCUCUAUUAGUUAUGUGUGUAGCGUAUUUUGUUAUUUGGAGGAAACAAAAAUCACCAGUAUGUAACCAUAGCAAUGUCAGCAGAGAGGCCAAAUUAGCAAACACAUUAUUUUUGAUAACAGGAGCUUCUGUUUUUACCUGGCUUCCAUUCCAGAUUAUUAACAUAUUAGUAAAUUUGCAUGUUUUUCCAUCUUUUUCUCAUCUGCAACUGACAGUAUUCAUCAUCAGGGUUUUUCAAUACAGCAAUUCUUUCGUAAACGUAAUCAUUUAUCCACUAAGAAUUCCAGAAUUUAAAAACUUCCUGCUACACUUGCUUCGUUGUUGUGUAGGUCCUCAUCAGAUAUUUAGAGCUAGGGUUUUACCAUCAGCUGAGUCUAGGUCA